AUGCCACCAGCACAGGAGGGCCCUACUGCGUCAACGUGUCUGGUUGCCCAGAUCGGACUAAUGCAGAUCGCCAAUGAUGUGCAACGCGAGCUCUUGACCAGUCAAAUCCCCUCUUUGCAGAAUUCCGACGUACUAAGGCAACGUAUCUCAAAUUGGCGAGCCGAGCUUGCAAGCUGUUUCGACGAGCAGCUGUACUUCCCACCAUGGUUCGAGCUGCCAAGGCGAGUGUUGCUUUGGCGAGCAUAUCGGCUUCGAAUCGUCCUCGAUCGUCCGUUCCUGUUCCAGGCCAUCACAGAUCAAGUCGACCUGUCGAAAUGCCAGGGACCGGUAUGGGAGUGCAUGAUAACAGCCGAGUCGUGUGUGACAUCCAUCUACGACUUCCUCGAUCGGUGCAACGAUUGGAGGCGAGGAUUCGCCUGGUACGCGACAUACUGGCUGAUAUCGGCGAGCUUUGUGCAUGCAGUGUGCUUCGCCUACAGCCCUGUCAGCGCUACCAAGAACUGUGCUGGCAGAGACUACUGGAGAGGAAGUCUGCAACGAGCGGUGUUGGCGCUUGAGAAACUCGGAUCAGCACAUAUCAAAGCGGCGCAAGCGCAAAAGGUUCUCGAGAAGCUUCUUGGCAUGUCUUCUCCACUCAAACCAUGGAACCAACAGUUUGCCAUCGACACAAGUCUUCUUGACUUUUCAAUCAACUACUUCGGCAUGGGGAGACCUGGCGAUCCUGGCGAUCCUGGCGAUCCUGGCGAGAUGGAGUUUCUGAGCGCUGAUCACGCAGCGUUCGAUAGCAUCGGUAAUGACCCGGCGUGGCUUCAACUCGACGCUCCCAAUGCCGAGCUGUCUGAUGCUGCUGGAGGCAUUACGCUACAGAAUUACGCAGACGGCUGGCAGCAGCACGGCUGA